AAGUGCUUUUGGCAAAAAAAAGAAAAAACACUUUUGGCCAAAAAUAAGCUUGCAAACAGGCUAUAAAACAUCUUAACCAAACUCUUCCUCCUCCAUACGCCACCGCUAAUACUGUCAUCAGCCCUCAAUACAAUUAUAACUCUAUAUUUGUGUUGCAUAUUGAACUGGUAGUAAUUGAUGAAUUGGAGUUUAUCAAAAGAUUUGGAUUGGAUGUUUCUGGAACAUGACGGAAUAUGAGAAAGCUCAAAGAGUUCUUCAGCGGCUUCGAGGAGGAUACACAACGGAUAUGGUAGAAAAGAAAGUCGCUAAGAGAGGAGAAGAUGAUUCAGACUCUGCUUUUCCAGUUGUCCGUAGCAGUGAAACAGUACCCGACCCGAAUAUGUUUCGCCCGCUUCGCUUUGAUGGGGCUGCCAUGGAUGGGAACUCCAAAGGCAAAGGUCAGGGCUCAGCAAAAUCACAUUUGUACGAGAUUUGUGCAGUAAAUCAUUGGAAAGCGCCAUUAUUUGAAUGUUGCAACGAGGAAGGUCCAGAUCACCUGAAGUUGUUCACUUUCAAGGUAUAUGUGGAAAUAAGAGGACCACGUACAACAACUAUAGAGUGUAUGGGAAAUCCACAUUCAAAGAAGAAAGCAGCAGCAGAAAAUGCAGCUGAAGGAGCGUUGUGGUUUCUAAACAAAGCUGGUUAUAGGUUGAAGAAGUACUAAAUUAACUUCGUUUUUUUAAAGGGUUAGUGAAUUGUGAUUCCAGUAAACAGAAUGUAAACUUAAUAAUAAAA